UAGCACCAAAUUUAUAUUAGGGUCGAACAUUUCGGAAUAAACAAACGUAUACUAGUCGAUGAUGAUAAGCACUCUCUCUUAGCCAGCCACCACAGAGAAAAAGCCCACACCUUUCUCCGACCAUACUCACCGGCAAUCUUUAUUCUUACUCCGGGGAAGAAGGGGUUUGAAACUUUGAAUUGUUCUAGGGUUUAAGAAGAAUUUUGGGGUUUUUUUCUGUAUGAUAUGUUGUACUUGGUGCGUGAGAAUUUGUUCAUUGGCAACAUCAAUGCAGCUGCAGAAGUGCUUUUGGGUGGGAAUAAAGAAAUCACACAUGUUUUGUCGGUUUUGAGCUCGGCUUCUAUCGGGUUUUUCUCCGAGUGGAAGUCGAGUUUUUCGGUUCCAACGAAAGAGAUUCGGACGGUAUAUGUUGAUGGGUCGGGUGAAGAUGAGAAUUUGGAGGGUGACGGGUCGGAUAAAGGUGCAUUGUGCUCUAAGAAGAUUCUUUAUGUGUUGGAGAAUGCAGGGCAUGAUUUGAAGCUUGUGAGAAUGGCUGUGCCGUUGAGAGAUAUGGAGAGCGAGAAUUUGCUGGAUUCGUUGGAAGUUUGUUUGGAUUUUAUUGAUGAAAGUAGGAAAACGGGUUCGGUUUUGGUGCAUUGCUUUGCGGGUGUAUCCAGAAGUGCAGCCAUCGUCACGGCCUACCUGAUGAGAACUGAACGGAUUUCUCUAGAAGAUGCACUUGAAUCGUUACGCCAAAGCAAUGAAGCUGUUUGUCCUAAUGAUGGAUUUUUGGAACAGUUGACCAUGUUUGAAGAUAUGGGUUUCAAGGUUGAUCAUUCAAGUUCUCUAUACAGACGCUUUCGCUUGAAGGUUUUAGGUGACUCAUAUAACCGAGGAGAGAAAAUUGACAGCUCUAAGUUUGCUGCUGACCCUGCUUUGACCAAGAAAGAAGCUUCAAUUUUGACCGAAACAACAUCACAGAAAGAAAUAAUUCCGACGCCUGCAUUUCGUUGCAAAAAAUGCAGGCGAGUUGUUGCAUUGCAGGAUAAUGUUAUAACUCAUAUUCCCGGGGAGGGUGAAAGCUCUUUUGAAUGGCAUAAACGGAAUAGUCGCAAUAAUUACAACAAAUACGAUGAGCUUGAGUGCACCUCUGUCUUUGUUGAGCCUCUUCGUUGGAUGAAAACAGUUGAAGAAGGUGCAUUAGAAGGGAAGUUGUGGUGCACACAUUGUGAAGGGCGGCUGGGUUACUUUAACUGGUCGGGAAUCCAAUGUAGUUGUGGAAGUUGGAUCACACCAGCUUUUCAACUGCAUAAAAGCCGAAUCGAUAUCAGCACCGUCUAAGAAGAUUCACACACUCGCGCAGGGGUCAUCUUGUUGAACCUUUUAAGCACAAUAAUUAUACAAUACUCGACACUCAUCGGCUUCAUUUUGGAGCCAUGUAAUCAUGAGGUCAUUGUUUCCUAUUAUGGUAACCUUAAAGUUUAAACUACUUGCUUUGAUGUUACAAAUGGAGGUUUUGUUCAUUGAUCCAACACCAUUUGUGUAUGUGUAUGUGUAUGUUAAUCUAGCUGCUGAGCUGGCCAAAGCCCCUUCCACGUCA